AUCACAUCCAUAUCUGUAUCUCGACCUGAUCAACAUCAAAGUACGUAGUAAAGGUCCAUCACCAUCCACUAUUCCAUCCUGACGCGAAAAUCUCCACCAACUUAGCAGAUCUACCAGCAACUAUUUUGCUUCAAUCAAAAUCUUUGUAGUUUCUUUGUCUUCAUCACUUCAUCUCCAAGCAUUACUACAGCUAUCUAAGUGUUUAGUGCUCUCUCUAUCAAUGCAACAUGAUGUACUACGUACACUAUAUUUCAGAAGCAAAUAUAGACCCUUACCACAGGACAGGAUCUCCCCCUGCAGAAACUGAAAGUUUGAUCAUCAGCAAAUCAUGAGGCCUAAGACCCAAAAUCCCCUUAACAUAAAGCUUCUAAUGCUUGGCGUUUUUAUCGCUUUUUUCCUUCUCUUUGUCUUGAGAUCAAGCUUUUCAUCCUCCAAUCAAAGUCCAAUCCCAACUCUUCCAAGACCCUUGAGUGGUCCUUUGAAAGAUGAGAAGAUUUCAAACUGUUCGCCGUCUUGCAACAAAAUCCCGUCCACCUUAGCUCAAGCCAUCAUUCACUAUUCAACCUCCUCCAUCAUUCCACAGCAAACGCUGAAAGAGAUCUCAGUAACCUCCAAGAUUUUGGAGAAGAAGUCCCCUUGUAAUUUCCUUGUGUUCGGGCUAGGCCACGACAGCCUUAUGUGGAGCGCGCUCAACUCUGGUGGACGGACUAUUUUCCUCGAAGAAGACGAGUCCUGGAUUGAGCAAAUUAAGAGAAGAUUUCCAAUGCUAGAGUCGUAUCAUGUUAGCUAUGAUAGCAAAGUGAAUCAGGCAGAUGAGCUGUUGGAGGUGGGCAAAGGGCCCGAGUGCACACCUGUUGCUGAUCCCAGAUACUCAAUGUGCCAGCUUGCCUUAAAGGGCUUGCCUAGUGAAGUUUAUGAGAUAAAAUGGGAUUUGAUCAUGGUUGAUGCUCCAACAGGUUACUAUGACGAAGCUCCAGGGAGAAUGACAGCCAUAUACACAGCCGGGAUGAUGGCGAGGAAUCGAGAAGAUGGAGUAACUGAUGUUUUUGUGCAUGACGUGAAUAGAGAUGUUGAAGAUAAGUUCUCCAGGGCCUUCUUGUGUGAUGCAUACGUGAAGAAACAAGAAGGAAGGAUAAGGCAUUUUAGAAUCCCAAGUUAUAGGAGUAACUUGAACCAGCCCUUCUGCCCGUGAUGAUGUUUCUAGCAUGGUUUUUGUGUACGAGAAUCACGUCGUCAUCGUUCCUUCUAGGAAGCUCUCUUUUUUUUUUUUUUUUUUUUUUUUUUUUCUGCGGCAGGUAUUUUGAGACUUGAUACUGAUGCAAGAUGCUCAGGACUUUCAACUUUUAGUUUGUCGUUUCAUUGAUGAGGGAAAGCACAAGAAAAAUAAAGGUACUAAAGACAA